CCCCUCCCCCUCCCCUUCUCCCACAGAGGGCUCCACGGGUAAGACGUGCCUGAUGAAGGCCGUGUUGAACCUUCGGGAUGGAGCCAACGCCUGCAUCCUGCCGUUGCUGCAGAUCGACCGGGACUCCGGCAACCCCCAGCCCCUGGUCAACGCCCAGUGCACGGAUGAGUACUACCGAGGCCACAGCGCCCUGCACAUUGCCAUCGAGAAGAGGAGCCUGCAGUGCGUGAAGCUCUUGGUGGAGAAUGGGGCCAACGUGCAUGCUCGGGCCUGCGGCCAGUUCUUCCAGAAGAAGAGCCAAGGGACUUGCUUCUACUUUGGCGAGCUGCCCCUCUCACUGGCCGCGUGCACCAAGCAGUGGGAUGUGGUGACCUACCUCCUGGAGAACCCGCACCAGCCUGCCAGCCUGCAGGCGGCCGACUCGCUGGGCAACACCGCCCUGCACGCCUUGGUGAUGAUCGCAGAUGACUCGGCGGAGAACAGCGCGCUGGUGAUCCGCAUGUACGACGGGCUCCUCCGAGCCGGGGCCCGCCUCUGCCCCACGGUGCAGCUCGAAGACAUCCCCAACCUGCAGGGCCUCACGCCUCUCAAGCUGGCCGCCAAGGAGGGCAAAAUCGAGAUUUUCAGACAUAUCCUGCAGCGGGAGUUCUCAGGGCCUUGCCAGCCACUUUCCCGGAAGUUUACCGAGUGGUGCUACGGGCCUGUCCGUGUGUCACUGUACGACCUGGCCUCUGUGGACAGCUGUGAGGACAACUCAGUGCUGGAGAUCAUCGCCUUUCAUUGCAGAAGCCCGGUGAGCCCACUGGGGGCCGGCGGAGGGGGCCUGGCUAGGCCAUUACUCAAGAAUUUUCUGCCCUCUUUGGAGAUUGUGAUACACAGAUCAAUCUGCCAUCUAUCUCUGUCCUUAGAUGCUUCAGAAAUGACACAGACAAGCGUACUCCUUGUUGACAUAGGUGAGAAGAAACAGAGGGCUUCUCAGAGUCACUCUGGAGGCAGCGUACCAGACACACAAGGGGUCAAGUCCAGGAGUGAAGAUGCCACUAAGCCCCCUGAAAGAGAGUCUACAGUUGGUUCAGGACUACUGAUCAUCAUUGAGAAUUGGUUUGGGUUUGAGGCCUGA